UGGGGGAUAAUAUUCAGUAUAUAAACCCACAAAGUCAAGGUAACGAACCAGUCAUACAUUUGAUUGCGAGUCCGUGAAGAUGCGAAGUCUGCUAAUUAUUGGGUUCGGCUUGUGCCUGGUGAGCGUGGCUUCCCCUAGCCUCAUUGGCGCCCUUUUUGACAGUGCCACAAAAGUGGUGGGAGGCGUGACGAAUGUCCUGACUUCACAAUUGUCCGCGAUAAAUUCUCUCCUCACGAAUACUAUAAAAGAUAUAGAUGCUGCUAUAAGGAAACAACCCGUGGCCCCUGAUGCGCUGUCUGCUCAGGCCAAAGGUGCUCUUGCGGACGCCAAAACCACCAUACAGGAAGGCUCGGCCGUACUAAACGCUGCUGCCAAGGAUGCAGGAAGUAGCGACCCCGAAAAGACUAAGAGCAUAACGGACGUUGUUGGCAGCCUGGGUGAGUUAACCGAUGCUACCAAGGAGCUGACCAAGGCUGGCGUGAAGCAGACUCAAACAUCUAUACAAAAGGUACAAGAUGCCACCAACAAAGCACAGCGCUACAUCAAGAUCGCGAUGUUCCUCUUCAAGGUUGCCACCUUCUUCGGAUGAAUCAUGGUAUAACUGAUGUACGAAGCAAUUAUAUGAAUAUUCUUUAAA